AUGUUGAAGAAUUCCGCUAUGAUGCGGAUUGUGACGAUAAACUUGUACACCGCAGGGAAUGGCAGUACUCACCGACGGUGUCUCUCUGCCACCGCAAAUGCUGCUGUACUCGGUGUUUCCGAACGUGAAUUCAUGGACCAAAUGGGUGUUUAUUUUGUCGGCUUUGUUGGUCAAUAUGGUUACGAUCGCGUUCUCUCCGUACUUGGUCGACAUAUGCGCGACUUUCUCAAUGGACUCGAUAACCUGCAUGAAUACUUGAAAUUCUCCUACCCCCGCAUGCGUGCGCCAUCAUUCAUUUGUGAAAAUGAGACACGGCAAGGACUCACAUUACACUAUCGUUCGAAGCGGCGCGGUUUCGUCUACUACACAAUGGGCCAAAUACGUGAAGUGGCGCGACAUUUCUACCACAAGGAAAUGCACAUCGAAUUGGUGCGCGAGGAGAUUCUCUUCGAUACGGUGCAUGUGACAUUUCAGCUGACAUUCGAUAAUCGUGCAUUCACACUGGCUUCGUUGGCGAUGACGCGCGAAGAGAAACACUUGCCCAUCAGUGCACAUGUACUCUUUGAAAUAUUUCCAUUUUGCAUCGUAUUUGGUGCCGAUAUGGUGGUACGUAGCAUUGGUAAUUCCCUGAUGGUCAUUCUACCCGACCUACUUGGCCAGAAGAUUACCGCCUGGUUCGAUCUGGUGCGUCCAUUAAUUGCCUUCAAAUUCCAAACCAUUUUAAACAGAACGAAUAAUAUUUUCGAAUUAGUCACAACUAUAAAAAUUAAAGGUCAAAUGGUUUACAUGGAAAAUUGGCGUAUGAUCAUGUUCCUGGGCACGCCGGUUAUGCCUGAUCUCAAUUCACUCAUAACAACCGGGUUGUAUAUCAAUGAUUUGUCAAUGCAUGACUUUAGCAGAGAUCUCAUGUUGGCCGGUACACAGCAAUCCGUCGAACUCAAAUUAGCGCUCGAUCAAGAACAACAAAAGUCGAAGAAGCUAGAAGAGUCUAUGCGUAAGCUGGACGAAGAAAUGAGACGUACAGAUGAGUUGCUUUAUCAGAUGAUACCAAAGCAAGUGGCUGAUCGGCUGAGACGUGGCGAAAAUCCGAUUGAUACAUGUGAGAUGUUCGACUGUGUGUCCAUACUCUUUGCUGAUGUGGUCACAUUUACCGAAAUCUGCAGUCGCAUCACACCCAUGGAGGUGGUGUCCAUGCUAAAUGCAAUGUACUCCAUAUUCGACACACUCACCGAAAGAAAUAAUGUAUAUAAAGUUGAAACAAUUGGCGAUGCCUACAUGGUUGUGUCAGGUGCGCCAGAAAAGUCUGCAAAUCAUGCGGAUAAAGUUUGUGAUAUGGCCUUGGAUAUGGUUGAUGCCAUAACGGAUCUGAAAGAUCCCUCGACAGGCCAACAUUUGCGCAUACGUGUUGGUGUGCAUUCCGGCGCAGUUGUUGCUGGUAUUGUGGGUUUGAAAAUGCCACGCUAUUGUCUCUUUGGUGAUUCGGUUAAUACGGCGUCACGCAUGGAAUCUACGGGCGCCGCCAUGAAGGUGCACGUUUCAGAGCCAGCCAAGCAAUUUCUAAGUCCUUGCUACAAAAUGACUGAGCGUGGUGAGAUCGAUGUGAAGGGUAAGGGUCCGAUGAAAACCUAUUGGCUGGAGGAACGUGAAAAUCGUAAAUCAUUACAGUUGCCGCCCGAACUAUUUCACCCGAUUUCGACGUUCACUGCGCCGACUGCCACCGCCACAACUAGCUCUAUUCCAUCUACAGCGCCAUCUACAUCCGAUCGUCGCCUGAGUGUGUCACAGACGCUGAAGGCGAUUAUGCCAGCGGCUGCUCAACCGGUUAUAGGUUCCGUCGAACGUAUGCAAUUAGCCAAUGCCACAAGCGCUAUGAUAAACUCAAUGGAUCCGGCGACGAGUACAUCAACAACGCCACAGACUAGUGCCAGCAAGGAACGUGGACGUAUAUACUCGCCGGUAACUUUCACAGAUGUUGCACGUCGCAGCAUAGCAAAUUCACCGGUGCGCAAUGCUUUUAACAAUAAUGAGCGUGGUCGUGAAUCGCGUUCAAACUCGAUGGGGCACGUUUUCAUGCGUUCGCCUAGCGACAUUUUCGGUUCCCUCGUUUUAGAUACAGAAGAAUUUUUGGAAGACUUACAAUACUCACGAAGUUCAUUGGUUAAUAGUGCCACCAGCUCAGCGCUUUGCCCCUACAGCCCUGCGCCUACCUUCCGCAUUGGCAGCGCACCGUCAAAGCCACGUUCAAAUGAUCCCGAUCAAUUUACUCCCGAAGAGCUGGCAGCAAUGGAACAGAUUACGCCACCAUCGACAGCACCACCUCGUGAAACUCUCACCUGCAAAGUGGCACCAUCGACAUCGUCAGCAUCAGCGUCGCUGGAGAAAUCCAAAGCCAGAAAAAUCACCUUCUCACGUAGCCUAACCGUACCGCAGGAGCCUGUUGUCACACCACCAACCGCGCAACCAGAGACGGCACAGUCAACCAGCGCUCCGGAAGCCGCUGCAGCCUCCACCUCAGUGCCAGCGAUACCGAAGGGUACGGCAGUUGCGAUUCCCACUACAUCCGUUACGAAACCUAUACCAGCAAGUAAGAAUAUAUCAUUCGACAGCAGUCGUACGUCAUCACACGAAUCCUUAUCGCCCUGUUCGCCACCGAUUCGCUCCAAUUCCGCACCGCUACCAAUGUCCAAGACAGCACGUAAAGCAUUCCUCGCUGCAAAACAAACAAAAGCGAUAGAAAAGUUGGACAGAAUGAUUGAAGAAGCGAGCGAAGUUGAUGUGCAAAACAAGCGUGCGAAUAUGCGACGGAUGGCUGCCUUUCGGGAUGAAGGUGGUGGCGAUGAGGGCGGUGGUGGUUGUCCGCUCUUUUUGCCACCACCACCACCAGGUCCACAAAUGACAAACUCCUUAUCAGAUUCGGGCAUAGCACAUCAUGGUCACAAUCACAGCUAUUCGUCUGUGCACUACGCUACUUGUCAUCAUGGUCACCAACCUAAAAUGGCCAACAGUCAUAGUUUCAGUCACGCGCGUACAUCGGGUCAUCAGUGUUGUGCAGGCUAUAAUCACUCUAAUGGGCGACAUAGAGUGCAUUCGAAUGCAUGUCAAUUGCUGUAA